AUGCCUUUCUUUUCCUUGGAUAGACUGUUCAUAGUCAUGCGUCGGGAGCAGUUAGGUAGGAAUCAUGCCGAAAAGAAUCAACAGAAAGAGUUCUGGAUCUUUGCCUUUCGUGACCGUUUAGCAGGUUUGCAGGCGUUCUCAAAUUGCGUUGAGGUUGCCGACAUCUAUGGUAACGGUGACAAUAAGCUGAUUGUGGCGGACGCCUCCAAAACUUUGAAGAUAUAUGACGGUACAUCUCUUUCGGAAGAGAUUCGGCUCUCAGCGGUUCCCUCUGCGAUUACUGUGGUUUUUGCUGAAGCUGGUGAUGAUCAACACCUUCCUGUCAUUGCAGUUUCCUGCGGACCAGACGUUUUCAUGUACCGUAAGAUGAAGCCGCUGUACCGCUUUACCGUACCGUGUGUAGAACUGGAUGAGGUCGAUGUUUCCGUGUGGGAGCAACUUCGCAAUGGUAAUAUUUCUGCAGCAGAAGCGUGCACGAGGUUGAAGGAGCGGCGGAUGGCGGGCGUGAAGCUGUCAACACGGUCAGCGGAUCUCUUAGCACUGCAGGGGACGGAGGAGCGGGAACGUUUUGUGCAAUACCAUAAGACUAAGCCCCUUAGUGAGCAGGAUGUAGUGACGUGCAUAAGUUCCCUUUCGUUAGACCGUGUAGAGGAUGGUGGCCGUAGCUGCCUUGUUAUUGGUACAGAAACGCGUCAUAUAUAUGUACUGGCCGAGAAGUUUACGGGAGUUCAUCACCGGGUGCGACUACCCGGUGUUCCAACGUGCAUCGUGUCCCUUGGCUCGUUUCGUGUUGACUACCGCAUCGUUGUGGCCUGCCGCGAUGGUUGUGUGUACACAGUGAAAAAUGGUGAAUUAGCGGAUUAUUCUAUUCAUUCUGAUGGUGCUAUCGUGCAAAUUGCACUCUGUGAAAAUCUCGUGGCAGUUGCGACAACACAAAACACGCUCUCGUAUUAUAAACUUAAGGGGAAGUGUGAGAUGCGUGUCUUCCUUCCCUCUCCGAUAACAGGCAUCGCUACACUACUUGAUUCUGCGUCAGGCAAAGCUCGCGGGGUCAUUGUGGCGUUAAAGAGUGGUAUGGUUCGGGUAUACGUGGGUAAAACGUUGUUGCAUGAGGCUCAAGUGUACGGAAGGGUAACAGCCAUGAAGUUUGGACGAUACGGGCGCGAAGAUGCCGCACUUAUACUUGUUAUGCAAAACGGCACCCUUGUGGUGGAGAUGUUACAUAGAAACGCGUCCUUCGAAUGCAAGCGAAAUCAGGAUUCUGGACCACCGGGAGAACAGGACGUUCCUAUUCCUGUCCCCCCCCUUACAAAUGUUUUUGUGGCACAAGCAGAGAGGGAACGUGCCUACAGCAUUGACAUGCACCGCUUGUUCCAGCGUGAUUUAACUAUGUUACGCCUAACAACAGCGAAGGCAUAUCUCUCUCUACUUUCAGAUACUCACAAACCGGCGGUAUCACCGAAGAAAACUGCCGCCCCUGCAGUACCCAUGCUUGGCAAUUCUGUUCGUAUGAUCACAUCCGUUCAAGGCCUUGGCCCGGUAUUUAGGAUUAGGGCAAAGAUUCAAAACAUUAGCAAGGGGGUAUUACGAGACUUGUCCCUUGUAGUAAGUUGUUCAUGUACUACUUACAAAAUAUCAAACUCAAUUUUGUGUGUGCCAUUCCUUCUGCCAUCCACAGUUUCAACAUGUGAGGUGCUUGUGGAACGCCUUGAUGACAACGCGAUUGACGAGGGUAUUUGCCUCUCUGUCACUUCUUCACACAGCCUCUCAACGCUCGCAGCGGUGGAUGUGAGGUUGCCUGACGCUGGAUUCAUAGAAGACAAUUCAUAG